AUAUACAUAUUUGUCUUCAGUUGAGAGCAAAUAAUUGUGCAGACCACCAUGAACAAAGCCUUGUUGCUUAUGCUAUUUAUGGUUUUCUAUAAUGGUGCUUCUUCAAAUGGACUUGGUGUUGGUGCUACUGCUACUACUGCAAGACCUGAAGUUGUCAACAUAGGCGCGAUUUUCACUUUCGAUUCUGUCAUUGGCAAAAUUGCAAAACUUGCAAUAGCCCUCGCAGUUGAAGAUGUCAAUUCUGAUCCAGAAAUUCUCAAUGGAACAAAGCUGACACUUAAAAUGCAGAAUACCAAAUCUAGUGACUUUCUGGGCAUCAUCGAGGCUUUGCAGUUCAUGGAGAAUGACACAGUGGCCAUAAUUGGCCCCCAAUUCUCAGCUACUGCUCAUGUUAUCUCACAUAUUGCAGAUGAACUAAAAGUCCCACUAUUAUCAUUUGCAGCAACAGACCCUACUCUGUCUCCAACUCAGUUCCCAUUCUUGGUUAGGACAACAAGAAGUGACCUCUUUCAGAUGACUGCAGUAGCAGACCUUGUUGACUACUAUGUGUGGAGAGAUGUCAUAGCAAUCCACGUGAAUGAUGAUUUUGGCAGAAAUGCCAUUGCUGCCUUAGGGGACACGCUAGCGGAAAAACGGUGUAAAAUUUCAUACAAAGUGCCUCUGAACCCCAAAGCAACAAAAGAUGAAAUCACCAACGCACUCAUUAGUGUUUCUUCAAUGGAGUCCAGGAUUCUGAUCCUGCACAUUUAUACUAGUUGGGGUCUACAAGUGCUUACUGAAGCACGAAACCUCAUGAUGAUGGCUAGUGGAUAUGUCUGGAUUGCUACUGAUUGGUUCUCUACCAUAAUAGAUACAGAUCCUUCCCUGCCUUUUGUAUCAACAGAUGACAUUCAAGGGGUUCUUACAUUAAAAAUGUACACACCAGAAUCGGAGCUCAAAAAGAAAUUUAAAUCGCGGUGGAGCAACUUAACUAGUGCAAGAAGAGUGAAUGGCUCUUCUUUCGGGCUAAAUACGUAUGGUCUAUAUGCCUAUGAUUCCGUAAGGCAUCUUGCUGUUGCCCUUGAUUCAUUUUUUGCUCGUGGGGGAAAUAUUUCAUUUUCAACUGACUCCAACUUAAAUGAGUUACGCGGAGGGAAGUUGAAUCUUGAUGCUUUGAAAAUGUUCAAUGGUGGCAGCCAGCUGCUCCAAAGCAUUCUAGAGGUUAACACAACUGGUUUAAUUGGGCCAAUUAAGUUUAAUCCAGAUGGGAACUUGAUUAAUCCUGCAUUUGAAGUCAUCAAUGUUAUUGGCACAGGGACUAGGACAAUUGGUUAUUGGUCCAACUCUUCUGGCUUAUCACUUGAUCCACCAGAAAAACCUCAAAGGAAGCUGCAGUCUAAUGGCUCCAGAAAGUUUAGCUUUUCAACUCUGUUCUUUUCCCAGAAUGAAAAAACGGGCAGCACGCUCGGUCGCUUCGUGCUAAUCAUAUGGCUAUUUGUAGUUCUAAUACUCAACUCAAGCUACAUUGCAAGCCUGACGUCAAUCCUCACAGUGGAGCAGCUUUCUUCACCUGUUAAAGGGAUUGAAAGUCUAGCAACAGGCGGUGAUCCCAUUGGUUUCCUGAAGGGUUCAUUUGCUGAAAACUACUUGAUCGAUGAGCUAAACAUACACAGGUCCAGACUUGUCCCUCUCAACUCACCAGAAGAAUAUGAGAAAGCCUUGCAAGAUGGCCCCAGCGCAGGCGGUGUUGCUGCAGUGAUCGAUGAGCGUGCAUACAUGGAACUCUUCCUCUCUUCUCGAUGCGGAUAUAGCAUUGUAGGUCAAGAAUUCACCAAAAUGGGAUGGGGUUUUGCCUUUCCAGGGGACUCUCCACUAGCAAUUGACAUGUCAACUGCAGUACUUAAACUAUCAGAGAAGGGUGAUCUUCAGAAGAUUCAUGACAAGUGGCUGAUGAAAAGUGCUUGCAGUGCAGAAGGAGCAAAGCAAGCUGUAGAUCGCCUUCAGAUAAAGAGCUUUUCGGGACUUUUUCUGCUGAGUGGCAUAGCUUGCUUUCUUGCUCUUGUUCUUCAUGUUAUUCGCAUGAUGCACAAAUACUACAAGCGGCCUGAUUCUGACUGUGAGAGCUCACAAUCUAGACGGCUUCAAUCUUUCGUUUCGUUUGUAAAUAAAAGGGAGCAAGAAGCGGAAAGCAGACCCAAGAGAAUGAGGACUGAGAAGGCCUCAAGUAAAAUAGUGCAUGAAGAUAGUACCAUCAAUGGUUUGGAUGAAAGCGUCUAAACUAUGAGAUAAUGAAAAAAAGUGAAAAAUAAGUGAGUGAUUUGUAGCUCAAAUGAUUAUAUCCAUGCAUAAUAGGUCUUUAGAUUCGAUUUUUCA